AUGAGCGCGUUCGUCUCAGUCAUCCCUCGCCCCCGGAGCAUCAAGAGCCUCUCCUUCCCGCGUGAAGAGAUCAAGAUCACCGUCGAGCUUCUCCGUCCUCUCUUCUCGACCCGUCAGGAGCACGCUGCUGAAUCCCUGGGCAUUUCUCUCACCACCCUUAAGGCAGCCUGCCGUCAGCUCGGCAUCAUUCGAUGGCCGUACACUCGCAAGAAGUCACAGCGUGUCCCCGUGAGCCAUAGUCAAGCAGGCUCGUCCAUCGAUGCCAAGAUACGGGAACACCAUGUCCUAGCCGAGAGCAGUCAAGGGGUCUCAGCUCAGAAGGUUGAUGCUCCUGCGUGGGCCUCUGAGAGGUCAGGGCAUGAACACGGCAUCUACUUUGCUGAGCCUGCCGCUUCUUCGGGGUGCUCGAGUAUCCUGUCGAUGCAUGAGGCCGAGGCGUCAAGUGCUGCACCAUUUGUGGAUACGGAGGAACAUAGUCACUCCAACCAUCCAGAAGCCUCCCAGUACCACAUGGGUCCCUGUUGCGAGCAUACGAGACCGCUCAAGAACUCAUGGGGCAAUGACACACAAGAACGUCGCGUGUACGAGGCGGAUACGAGUUUGGUGUGGUCAGACGAGCCGGGAUGGUUGGCAAGUCAGGACAUCAUGGGAGCUGCUGGCCCGCACGCCGAGCUCACAGAAGAUGCGGGAGGUCAGCAUCCGCGGGGGAUCGACAGGGAUUGGCUGGCAUGGUUUCUGCGGACGUCUGACGAGAGCGGAGACGUGACGAGCGACUGGAUGUACGGACAGGCUUGA